ACCACACUUUCGACAAAAAUUGUAAAGUCAUUGCCGACAAAAGAAUUAAAUUGAAAAACAAUAAUUUGUCCUCUGAAAUAAAUUGAAUUAAAGUGUAAAGAUGGCUUUAAAUGACAUCUUGAAACAGAUGCCUUCAAUGGGUUAUGAUUUCAAAGAUUUCGCACCUUCAGAAGAACUGGAUUUUGAAAGUUUCCAAAAUAAUCGAGUCCUCGCUGUUCCACCAUACAAUAACCCAUCUGCAAAUCUUGCUAAGCUUCAAGAAGGAAAAGAUGACAUAAAAAUUCAAUUCGAUCAUGGAACAACAACAUUAGGUUUCAUCUAUCAAGGAGGUGUUGUUCUUGCAGUUGAUUCUCGUGCAACUGGUGGACAAUACAUCGGAUCACAAUCAGUUCGUAAAGUUGUUGAAAUCAAUGACUUGUUAUUGGGAACAUUGGCUGGUGGUGCUGCUGAUUGUACAUACUGGUAUCGUGUGUUGACAUCUGAAUGCCGUUUGUAUGAGUUGCGCAACAAGAAGAAGAUUUCAUUAGCAGCAGCUACAAAAAUCAUGAAUAAUAUCAUUUACUCAUAUAAGAAUUCUGGACUUUCUAUGGGAAUGAUUCUUGCUGGUGGUGAUAUGAAACAAGUAAGCCUUUACUAUUUGGAUUCUGAUGGGACAAGAACAACAGGAAAGGUGUUUUCUGUGGGAAGUGGAUCUCUAUUUGCAUAUGGUGUUCUUGAUUCUGGAUACCGUUGGGAUCUCACCGAUGAAGAAGCUCAUGAACUUGGUCGUCGUUCCAUUUAUCAUGCAACUUAUCGUGAUGCUUAUUCUGGAGAGAAAGUAGAGAUGAAUGAAAAGAUCAUCAUUUACCAACCAUAUGAAGCUGAACAAAUUCUUUUGGCUGAGAAUGCAAGUUGUCUAGCAGUGAAGACUUAUCUAAAGAUGCUCGGUCGUGAUUUCUUAGUUAAAUCUUGCGCCAAUGCUGAAUUUAUGGCUCCAAGUGGCAAAAGAACGAAACUUCCUGUCGUACAAAUUGGAGAAUUUUUAGCAGCAGAAUUUGAACCGAUCAUCAAUUUGAUGGAAUAUAAAAAGUUGUCAUUGACAGAAAACUUCAGUAAUGAAGAUAAAGAUGACUUAGUCACUCACAUGUCAUUGGUUGAUUCAAUCCUCCCAAAUGCUGAGCUUUACAUCACAUGGUGCAGUGAAGUUGUUUUAAAUGAAAUCACCAAGAAACGCUAUGGAUUCGUUUAUCCCUUUCCUUUAAAUCACAUUCAGAACUUUCGGAAGCGUCGAGCAGUUUUGAAACAAUUAAACUUUUACGAUUGGAAGAACUUAACUUUUGAUGAAGUUGUUGAAAGAGUCGAUAAACUUUGUCAGUCGUUGGUAAUGAAGCUUAAAGAUCAAGAAUUCUUCUUCGGAGAUAAACCAUCAGAACUUGAUGCUCUUGUCUUUGGCCACCUUUUCUGUAUUUUCACAAUGGAACUUCCAGCAAGUGUCUCGUCACUCAAAGAAACUAUCAACAAAUACAUCACGUUGACGCAAUUCUGUGCUCGAAUUGAAAAGAAAUAUUUUGGUAAAAUCAAGAAUUGAACUUUCAUGAAUUUGUUUUGAUAGUGUGAUAGUCGAACAAUAAAACAAAAUGUUGUUGAUUAAGAUUAAAUCAAAAAUUUUUGUUGCCUUUCAUUUAACGAAGCAUAUUGU